UCGUCUCUGCGGUUAUUCAACCUUUCAGGGUGCUGCGCCUAGGUUUGACACGUACCCUAGUCUGAGCAUUGAUGAGUGUUUAAGUCAACCUAUGUGUGGAUGUGAAAUUAUUUCGGUCUGUUUAGAACUGACAAAUCUUUUGUAACGUUUACUGCAGACUGGUUUCAUAACCUGGAAGCAUGGAGCCUGGGGCGAGUGAAGCAACAGCAGGUGCUCCAUACACUGAACCAUCCAAAGAAAAGAAAAAGACCAGUAAGGACAACAAACUGGCAUCCCCUGCCCCAUCAGAGCAAACCAGCAUGAUGAAGCGUCUAUUUGGCUUUGAGAAGGAAGACGUCUCCUCAUGGCAUCGGCUGGUGUGUCUCCUGAAUCGUCCCACUGACCCAGCCUCACUAGGCAUUUUCCGUUUCUUAUUUGGAAUGUUGAUGGCACUUGAUAUAACCCAGGAAAGAGGCCUCAGUCACCUGGACUACAAGUAUUUAGAUGGGGCACCCGUGUGCCGAUUUCCCCUUUUCAACUUCCUCAAGCCUCUUCCCAUGGACUGGAUGUUCUUUGUUUACUUUGUGAUGUUCCUUAGCGCUGUUGGUAUCAUGCUCGGCUGUUUUUACCGCCUUGCCUGUCUGAUGUUUAUAUCCACUUACUGGUACGUUUUCUUCCUGGACAAAACGGCCUGGAACAACCAUUCUUAUCUGUAUGGACUCAUUGGCUUCCAGCUCACACUCAUGGAUGCCAACAGAUACUGGUCCUUAGAUGGACUCCGGACCCCCAAGAAGAGGAACAUUCAUGUACCGCUGUGGAACUACACUGUGCUCAGAUCUCAAAUUUUCAUAGUGUACUUUAUCGCUGGGGUCAAGAAACUUGAUGCUGAUUGGGUGGAGGGCUACUCGAUGAAAUACUUGGCGCACCAUUGGUUAUUUGACCCUUUCAAACUGAUCUUGCCUGUUGAAUUGGUCAGUCUGAUGGUGAUCCACGGAGGGGGUCUAAUUUUGGACCUCACAGCUGGGUAUCUGCUGUUCUUUGAUGCCACUCGGCCUGUCACCAUGUUCUUUGUCAGCUAUUUCCACUGCAUGAAUUCCCAGCUCUUUAGCAUAGGAAUGUUUUCCUACACCAUGUUGGCCACAAGCCCUAUCUUCUGCUACCCUGACUGGCCCAGGCGCUUUUUUGGACGUUUCCCAGAGUUCUUCCGGCCUGUGCUGCCCCUCAUCUCUCCUCCCCCAAGCCCCAGCUCCUCGUGCGUGUACCCUAAUCUACCCAGUGGGUCUGGAGAACAAGAUGAGGGAAAUGCUGCUCCCAAAACCUCAACACCAAGCUUUAAACACAAACUCGGAGCCAUCUUCACCAUCCUGUACAUCGCAGAGCAGCUCUUCUUGCCUUACUCUCACUUCAUCACACAGGGCUAUAAUAACUGGACAAAUGGACUGUAUGGCUACUCAUGGGACAUGAUGGUUCACUCUCGCUCACAUCAGCAUGUGAAGAUCACCUACAGAGACACCUUGACUGGAGAGCUUGGAUACCUGAACCCUGGAGUUUUUACUCAGAGCCGGAGAUGGAAAGAUCAUGGGGACAUGUUGAAGCAGUAUGCUACAUGCCUUAGCCAAAAUCUGCCCCGCUUCAAUAUCUCAGACCCAGAGAUCUACUUUGACAUUUGGGUGUCCAUAAAUGACCGCUUCCAACAAAGAAUAUUUGACCCACGUGUUGACAUUGUGAGAGCCGACUGGUCCCCAUUCCAGCCCAAUUCAUGGCUCAUGCCGCUACUGGUCGACCUCUCGCCGUGGAGGCAUAAAUUUGAGGAGAUCGAGGGGUCUUUAGACAACCAGACUGAGGUGGUCUUCAUCGCUGACUUCCCAGGCCUUCAUCUUGAAAAUUUUGUGAGUGAGGAUCUGGGGAACACCAGCGUUCAGGUUCUAGAGGGUCAAGUGAAAGUUGAAAUAGUUGACGAAAAGAAGAACUACAGUUUACAACCAGGAGAGAAGAUGCAGCUUCCAGCUGGUGCAUACCAUAAGGUGUACACGGUGUCUGAAGGCCCGUCGUGUUAUAUGUACAUCUAUGUAAAUACUACUGAGGCAGAACUGCAGAAGAACUUCACCAAGCUUUUUGAACUUCAGGAGAAAGUACGAAACGGAACAGAGACAGAGCCGUUACCUCCUGAGCUGCAGCCGCUGAUCACUGGCUUAGAUGUGCAGGACACAAACGACAGCGUAAUUGACCCUGUCGUGCGACUCUUCCUGAAACGACAGAAGCGAAUGCAAGAGGUGAAGAAGCGGCGUGAAGCUUCUGUGGUCGAGAGGUUCGAGAGAUUUGCCUCAAAGAAAUACUACUCCAUUAGACGAGGGUUCCUGAUGACUGCCAUCGCUUUGCGUAAUUUGGCAGUGGGUUUGCCGCCGCUAGAGCAACUGACACAAGAAGUGGCCUACGCCAACCUGAAGGAGCCUGAGGCCGAGGCUAGUCAGAACGAGCGUCUGAAAGAUGAGGUCGGUCAUGGAGAGCUGUAACAGAACAUCACAGUGAGAGUUGGACAGUUACUGAGCGCAGCAAAUGAACAACGGCUUUAGUAUGUCAAUACAUUUUGGAACAUUCCAUAAAUGUGUGUGAUAAGGUCAGGUUAUAUAGUUUACAGUAUGAUUGUGAAAAUAAUCACAUCACAUUAUCUUAAAGGAAUAGUUCACCCAAAAAUUUAAAUUCGGUCAUCAUUUCCUCACCCUCAUUUUAUUCCAAACGUGGAUGACUUUCUUUCUUAUGAUAAACACAAAAGUUGCCAGGCAGAAUAUUUACAUUUUUCUUUUCCAUAUUGCGAUACUAUGGCUGCCAAUCUCCAAAAAUGACAAAAUGGCAUAUUACAAGUUUCAUAAAAGUAGUUAAUGUGCUCUGUUUUCCAAGACCUCUGAACCCAUAUGAUAGGUUUGUGUAAUGGUCACAGAAAGUCCCCCCUAUUUGUCGUAGCUCUCAAAUCUUAUUCACAUUUCUGCAUAUUUUCUGCAGAUUUUUCCAUUUUUGGGUAAACUAUUCCUUUAACUAAAAAAAUGAACAAUGACACUAAGAUUUACUUGUCAAACAACAUUUGUAUUUUAUCGUCUUGCAAGUAGAUUCAGAAAAAAAAAAUGUUUUUAGUAUUAAAUCAAAAUCUGUGAAAGACACUAAAUGAAACCGGUGUUAUUGAGAAUAAGCUUGAGGUGGUAGGUUGAAACUUUAAAUCACAGCUUUUAACUUAAAAUGAACGUUUGUGCUGCAGGUACUCUGCCAUAUAUUGUCUCAUUAUAAGAUUUGAUACUUUACAUCAAAUGCAGUUGUAACUAACUGGCAAAACAAUUUCUUGGCUGUAAAUUGUGCCAAAUCUUGACAAAAUGGGUUCUGAAUUGUCUUUAAUGCAUAAGUUUCAUUAUGCAAAAUGCCGAGUUCUUAUUAAAUGCAUGGGUGGCCUAAAAUGUUUUAUGCAACAUGAAGAAACACAACUUGUUACAGCAUUUUAUAUGGAAAUAAUGAUCGCAGGAAUAAGAAUGCAAGUCUGCUGUUCAAAAUUUGUCAAUUUUUCAAUAAAAAAUGGCAAGAUUG